AUGGCAAGGAACAACCAAACAGCUAUCUCUACGCUAGAACCGAAGCUCUACAUCGGCGCUAACGCCAGGGCCCGGCUGUCGUUCGUCGUUGAUGGACUGAAAGCAAUGAAGGAAGCCUACGGCGAGGACGCAAAGGAUGACCUACAGAUUCUUGACCUAGGGUGCGGUCCAGGAGACAUCACGCGUGACGGUCUGCUUCCCCGCUGCCUUCCAUGCCGGAGGGUUGUCGCGGUAGACGUGUCGGCAGACAUGGUGGAGUUCGCUAAGGCGCACUAUGCCCAUGCCAAGAUCUGGUAUGACGUCCUCGAUAUUGUAGCGGAUGAUGUGGCCGACUUCAUAGAAAGGUACGGCCGGUUUGAUCGCGUCUACUCCUCCUACUGCUUCAACUGGGUGAAAGAUCAAGAGAAAGCGUUCAAGAACCUCGGAGAGCUGAUGAAACCCGGUGCCGAAUGCCUGUUGCGGUUCUAUGCUGCCAGCCCACAUAUGCGAUUUCGGCAGAAAUUGGCCAAGAUGGAGCGUUGGAAGAAGUACGCGCAGAUUUGCGAGAGUUGUAUCCCUCCGACCAUUGACAUGAGCAAAAGGGAAAUACUUCCUUACAUCUCGAAUCUUCUGAACUCCGCUAACCUGGCACCAUCUGUAUGUAAGGUAACCCGCGAAGCACUUAUAAGCUACACAAGCCCCGAGGCCAUAACCCAGGAGUUAAUGGCCAUGAAUCCUUUGACCACCUUGUUGACUGAAGAAGAAAAAUUAGAUCUUCUGGAUGAGGCGACCAAAGAAGCUACCGAACUGUGGACUCAGCAAGAAGAUCGAGGACGUCCAAUUGAACUGGAUCUGAUCACAGUGUGCGCAUCCAAACUUGCACCAUAG